GGCAGACAUUCGAAGAGAAUAGCGAUACUAGCAAAAAGCAGAUACUCAAGGUACUACAAGUCCACUACCAUGCGUACUGUCUAGUAGUACACGCAGCAACCAACACAGCUUGUUGACAACUGGGUGCGUUCCAUGGCAAGAUUUAUUUCAGUCAAUUACAUCUACGCUUCAAGCAUAUACCUCUAUUCCAUCUUCCACAAACAUACAAGGCAACAUCAUCUGAGCCUUGGCUGCCAAACCCGGCAUAACCUCCAACCGCAUCCCAAACCCGCCAAGAUACCCUCAUUCACUUCAAAAAUCCAGCCACAUACAAACUCAACAAAGCACCCAAAUCAUAUCCACGUAAUCCGACUCAUCAGCACAACAUCUGCCUUCCCUUUGUCAUAUCCCCAUUACACAAAUCAUUUCACCUCAACCAAUCCCUUCCCCAGCCCUUUCAGACAUUAACCGCCUUCGGGGUCCGUACCUGACUCACCAUCCACGCAAACCCCGCUAGUCAAGACAAAAGAACCCUCCAACCAAACCGCAAACUACAAACCACACCCAAUGAUUCAUUCACUUAAAAAGAAAACGCAAAUUAAUUUAAAUUA